GUUCUUGGCACUUCUCACCACCAGGUUCAUAGAAAUCCUUCUAUGAUCAUGUAGAUUGCGUGACGGUUGAUCUGAUUAUUCCAUCUUGUAAGGCUCGAGGGAGAGAGGAUGGUCGGUAUAUAAGACAGAGGAGUGUUACUGACUCCUACCUUCUUCUCUCCAUCUCAUUUCACAUUCUCUUUACAGCAUCUCUCUAGUCAUUCCUUUUUCCUUUCCUAGGAUUUAUUGGUCCGUUUCAUUCAUUCAUUGAGUGCUGUUUUUGAUACGGGUAACCGAAUUUCACAUUUCCUUCAUUUUUCUUUGAAAUUGCAAUCAUAAUAUCUAUAUCAUGCGUCAAUCAGUCUUUGCCCUUGCGGCUCUUUCUUUAUGGCAGAGCUGCACUGCUCAAGCAAUCAAGGAAACUCUAGUCCCAUAUCAUCCGAAAGACCUUGGUCUUCAAAGAAGAGAUGCACCACCUAGCGUCACUCUUCAAAGUGAACUCAGUCUUAUCUGGGGAUCAUCAAACGGUUCAACUUUUGUCAAUGUAACCCUCAACACAGGCGAAACAGAACUUGUUAUCUCCACCGAGCAUUUUUCCGACAGUCUCACAGACGUGCAAUGCAACGGUGAUCUUGUGCUCACCUUCAAAGACAAUGCUACUUUCCAAGAUGCCAUUUCCGAUUGGUCCUGGGUCAACUUUCAUGAGAAUCGUACAUUUUUCAUGAUCAACAACUGGGGUGCGUGCGCUGCUGCAUCGGAAUCUGGUAGACAGCCAUGGAUUGUUCACGGAGUCGAUGUCUAUGAUGAGCAAAAUUUCAUUGUCAACUUCAAUGCUACUCUCUCGGACUGGGAUGAUGUCAUGUCUGGUGCCGUUAUCGAGUUUGGUGCCAUGUCAACAUCCUAUUCAUCCAAGAGAACCGACACUGUUAGCAAGACUCUAUCUCUCAACAUGGCCCACAGUCUUCCUCAGACCUUCUUCAGUAAAUCUACCAACAAUGGACUUGACUUCUCCAUUGACUGUCCUGGUUGUGCUACCACCGGUACUAUCGAUGUUCAAGGAAAGAUUGUUAUGAACACCGUCAUUGGCAUUCCAACCAGUGUCAAGUCUAUCUCUAUCACUGCUACUCCAAAAGGAUUAGGUGCUAACUUGGCUCUUGGAUUCUCUGUUUCCGGUACGUUGGGUAGUGGGUGGUCCAAAGACUGGAACUUGGUUACUGUCGGUCUUCCAGGGUGGUCUAUUCCAAAGAUCAUCGACCUAGGUCCUCAAUUCACUGUCGAUGCCGGUUUCGCUCUCAGCGGUAUCGAAGGAAGUGCUUCAAUCAGCGCUGGUGUCAACGUUGCCAUCCCAGACUCUUCUUCCGCUGUUCUUGGUAUCAACGGUGUUGAUUCUAGCUUCAAUGGCUGGGUUCCAACUGCAACUCCUCAAACUCCCAAGGUCAGCGUUGAGGUCGAUGGAAGCUUGCAACUGUACACCGAACUUGGUCUUGAUGUCGGACUUACCGUUCUCAGCAAGUGGGGCUUCGGAGGUGGACUUUUCCUCAGAAUACCAGAUGUCAAGAUUGAUCUUGGCGCUGAAUUUAACACUCAAGGUGUAUGCCCUGGAUCAGCCGAUGUUUUCGGUGUCACUUUAGGUGCAACUGUUGGUGUCGAUCUCAACCUUGGUGUCUACACUGAAUCUGGUGGAGACAAGAGCUGGAAGGCAAAAACCUCCAUCUACACCAACAACAACUUGAUCACUCCUAUUGACAAAUGUUUCCCCCUCGGCCCAACUCUUCCAGUUGGUGGUAAGGGAGUCUCGAUCAAGACUGUCGGUACCGUUCCAGUUUCUUCUGCUAAGGUAGUUUCCACCACCAAGGCCGCUGCUACCAGUAAAGCUGCUACCACCUCCGCCAAGCCAACCAGCGCUGGUGCUUCAUCCAAGCCAUCAGCCGUUUCUGCUAGUGCCACUCUUAAGACUUCAGGAUCAGCAUCAGCUACUAGCAUCAAGGUUUCUGGAACCGGUGCAUCUUCAUCUAUCAAGGUCUCUGGAACCACUGUACCUUCUUCUAUUAAAGGCUCUGGUACCGGACCCUCCUCAAGCAAGAUAACUGGCACUGGUAUUUCUGGAUAUGGCACCAGUAAGAUCGCUGGAACUGGCGUCUCUUCCAGCAAGAUUGUUGGAACUGCCGUUUCAUCAUCUGCUCAUGGAUACGGAUCUGCCCCAGCUUCAUCAUCUGCUCACGGAUACGGAUCCGCUCCAGCUUCCUCCGCACUUGACUACGGAACUGUCCCAGCUUACCCUACCACUACAAAACUCUCCGGAACUGGAGUAUCUUCAUCUAGCAAAGUCGCUGGUACUGGUGUCUCCUCGGUUCCCUCUUACGGUACUCACCCGGAUACUACCGCUUCAUCCAUCAAGGGUGCUAGUACUUCAACUGUCAAGACUUCUGAUACUGUUGUAAUUAGCAGCUCAAGGUACAUCUCUGCUUCAGGAGUUAGCUCAGUCAAGACUGCUAUCGGUUCAUCUGCCUCAUCUGCACUCGGUCUUGAGACAAGUAAAGCUUCUUCUUCUUCGGCUAAGGCAACCACAACAGCUGGUGCUCCAGUUUAUGGAGGAUCUUCUACUUCUUCCGCUCUUGGUCUCGAGACAAGCAAAGUUUCUUCCAUUGCUGCCUCUUCCACCAAAGUUUCCAGCACAGUCGUAGCAAGUUCCACCUCAACUAAAGCCACCACAACCGUCAUUCCAACCAAGACUGCCACUGGAACCGUUGCCCCAGCUCCAACAGCCACAGGUACAAUCUCCACAUGUGACAAAUGGGUCACAAUUGAAGAUAACAGCUGCUCUUGCACCAACAUUGAGAACUACUACGGUGUCAGCACCACUAACCUUAAUCUCUGGAACCCUGCUCUCGGAAGCGAGUGUAAAUUGACUGUUGGACAAGCCGUUUGUAUCGGAGUCAAGGGCUCCUACAAGCGAUCUGUCAAUGGUCGUCUUGCUCGAUUUGUUGACGCUUAGAUGAUAUGCUCUGUAUGGGGGUAAUAAAAGGCUUGAUUGGAUGUGAUAUGAAUGGUAUUUGCAUUUUCGAAGGAUCAAUGAACGGAUUUUUGGAUUUUCUUUAUAUUUCUUUUUUAUUUUCUUAGGGAUGGGAUUGGAUUGGAUCGAAUCGGAUCGGCCGGUUUGCAUGGCUGGAUUUAGUGGGGACUUAUUUACCUAUUGCAUUGUUUCUUUUUUGUAUGAAUAGAAUUAAGAGAUUGAGGAUGAAAGGAAAGGAAAUUAAAGUUGAUGAUUUUAAGAUAGGGCUUUAAUUUUGAU